CGAUGGAGCCAGGGGCAAGGACGCCACGAGUAAAUAAAAGAAUCUGUGUAGCCCCGCUGCACUUUCGGAGGCUCCGCGGUGCUGAAAAGGACAGCUCCUCCACGGCUGCAGGCAUGUUCACCCGGAUGCUCAAACUGAGGCUCCUCAAUGCCGUGGCCCCUGCUUACUUUUUCACGGCGACUGUGGUCACCUUCAUCCUGCACUUUGGCUUCUUCAUGCCAACGAUCUUCCCCAGCUCCGACACGUCACCAGGAGGUUCCACGACCGUUCCCACUGUCGUUUUCCUUUUCCUGAUGUUCAACGCCCUUGGCAAUUAUGCAAUGACGAUCCUGUAUCCCGCAGCGAGUGCCGACGAGAUGGCGGUCCCGGUGUGUUCCCCGCACUGCUCGGACAAAGUGGACGCGCACUACCUCCUGAAUGGCCGCCACUUCUGCAAACUGUGCAAGAAAGUGAUACUCAAACGGGAUCACCACUGUUUUUUCACCGGGAAUUGUAUCGGCAACAAAAACAUGCGCUACUUCAUCAUGUUUUGCAUCUACACCUCGUGCACGUGUUUGUACUCGUUGGUUCUUGGUGUGGCCUUCCUCACGGUGGAAUACUCCAUCUCUUUUGAAAACCCACUGACUUUCUUGACCCUUCUGCCCCUGUCCACUGGUUACUUCUUCACAGGAACAAUCUCCGGCCUGCAGCUGUUCUUGGUGCUGAUGCUGUAUGUGUGGCUGGGCAUCGGACUGGUGUGUGCGGGCUUCUGUUGCCAGCAGGUGCUGCUGGUGGCCCGGGGCCAGACCUGGUGUCAGAUGCAGAGGCGGCAACUGGCGGAGAACCGCAGCCCCUGGAGAAGCAAUCUCACGGAUGUGUUUGGCUCCAACUGGGCGCUGGGCCUUAUUCUGCCUGUGCACACAGCCCAGAUGUGCUCCGAGGAGCCACUCAAGCAAGACUGAGCAUUCAUUUAUCAGAAGCUUUCAAUAAUUCACACAGUAACACUUUCGAAGAAAUGCUCUGCUGGGCGAAUUGUAGACAUACAAAAGACAGUGGAGCCUCUUUAUAGACUUUUGCGAAACAUCUGCCUCUAAAAUUGCACAAAAGCAGAGUGUGAAAGGUUUUACGCUGUCACAAGCAGAAUCUUUGCUAUUUCCCAUGGGGGGAAAAAAACCCAAACUUUUCUUGCCAAACAAUUUGACUAAUGUCCCACGAUGGAUUAUGCUUUUCAAAUUUCCACACAAAAAAUACAAAUUAAUUGAAAUAUAAACGCAAUAUUGAAUUAAAACGACUCGCAAUUUGAAAAAAGGAUGAUGAGAACAAGUUUGUAGAGUAAUAGGUCACCCACAGGUGACCCCACAUAUUGCAUUUGCGAUUGGGCAUUGGCAAAGUCUGGACGUACCCUCCGUUCUUGGCUGAAAAACUGUCCCAUUUGCCGUUUC